AAAAAUUAUGGAUAAUUCUAUGCAGAUUGCCAUAACAUAACCCUUCGCUUCAGAGAGUGAGAUAGAAGAAUUGUUGAAGAGCUUCAAUGGCGGUUUCUUCUAUCUCUGCAGUGUUUGUUACUCCUCUUUCACUCUCCAAUCCUUCUCCUUCUCUAUCAUUCAAGCCAAAGUUCCCAUUUUUAUGCUUUCUAUCCGGCAACUCCUUGAGGCUUACAACCUCAAAACCUCUGCACUCUUCAACUAUGGUUUAUGCUGCACCAGAAGUGCUGGAUUCCCCUGAAUCCGUAGACCCACCUUUAGAAACCACCCUAGAUGAUGAUUCUGAACAAACCACCUUUCAGGUUGGUGACUUGGGGACUCCGAGCACUUCAUCACUUAGCAUUGGUGCGGAUACAGAUACUAUGGCACCAAAGCAGAAAAUUAGAAUCAAGCUUAGAUCUUACUGGGUGCCCUUGAUAGAGGAUUCCUGCAAGCAGAUAUUGGAUGCAGCAAGGACUACGAAUGCAAAAACGAUGGGUCCUGUGCCAUUACCAACUAAGAAGCGAAUUUACUGUGUUCUAAAAUCCCCUCAUGUUCAUAAGGAUGCCCGUUUCCAUUUCGAGAUCCGAACUCAUCAGCGUCUCAUUGAUAUCUUAUAUCCUACAGCUCAAACAAUAGAUUCUCUGAUGCAACUUGAUCUUCCUGCUGGUGUUGAUGUGGAGGUCAAGCUCUAAAGAUAUUUUCUUUUCAGUUUGCUAACCAUGUUGAACCUUAGUGAGCUUCAACUUUAUAUUAAUAGCCAAAAUUCAUAUAAUUGGCAAAUUUCUUAUAUUUCACUGCCUGUACCUUGACUUCUAUGAGCAAUGCAAGUAAUCCUUUUGAUCAUUUUCCCCUUCUGUACCCAACAAGGUUUUCAAAAGUUUAUUCCUGUUAUUUCA